AUGUUGUUCUCGAGUGUGCUCGCAUCAAGCGUGGAUGAGGAUGGUGUACCGACAGAAGUUGCUGAUUAUUUGGAUUACUUUGCUCAGAUGAUUGAAAAGAAAGACGUCCCAGAAAUCCACAAUCUCUAUGAGCAACAUUUCCCUGACUUGACAGAGAGAUUCUACCGCGAAAGAAUGUGGCCAGAUGAGCAAACAGUUGAGAGCAUUGUUGGCAGUG